AUCACCAACUUCUUUAACCACCAUUGUCGCAGGUCUUCUUUUCUUUUUGAUUUUUUUUCGUAUCUCGCAACGGAGAUGUCUUCUGCCUCGCGAUCGUUGCCAGCGCAGGAGAUGGAGCUCCAACAGCCGGCAAUGGUGGAUGAUGAUCCCUCGACGUUUGCCGCCUCCAUUUGGGAAUGGGGUGAUCUCCUUGACUUCGACGUAGACGACCGGCUUCUUGUCUCCUUAGAUUCCGAUCAACCUCCGGCCGCUGCCGCUCCUCCGCCGCGUCAUCCCACGGAAUCGGAAUUGUAUCCUUCACCGGGUUCGGGUGAGGAUCGGGUGAGGAAGCGGGACCCGAGGUUGACUUGUUCGAAUUUCCUGGAAGGUAGGAUCCCGUGCUCGUGCCCGGAGAUCGACCAGAGAUUGGAGGAUAGAGAGUUUCCGACAAAGAAGCGGGUCCGGAGUGGUGGGCGUGGCGUGGCCCGGUGCCAGGUACCGGGAUGCGAAGCGGAUAUAAGCGAGCUCAAGGGGUACCAUCGGAGGCAUAGGGUUUGCCUACGGUGCGCGAACGCGAGCUCCGUCGUGCUCGACGGAGAGAGCAAGAGAUACUGCCAACAGUGUGGAAAGAAUUCUUGGUUUCAUGUGCUGUCAGAUUUCGACGAAGGCAAACGAAGUUGUCGAAGAAAGUUAGAGCGCCACAACAACAGGCGAAAAAGAAAACCUGUGGAUAACGGAGGUGGGUCUAAAAAGCAACAGCAAGCAAAUAUGCAGAAUGAGAACAGCGUAAUUGAUGUUGAUGAUGGAAAAGAUAAUAUAUGCUCAAUCAACCAGAUAGCAGAACAAGAGGCCUCAUUGGAUUUUGAAGAUCAACAUUUUUCUGCACAGGGAGCUGUACCUGUUGUCCAGAGCAUCAACACGGACAGUUUUGUGUCUUUUGCUGAUCAGGGUGGAGCACAAACAGUUGAAGGAAAGAAUGAAAAAAAAAUUGAACAUUCACCUUCCUAUGGUGACAACAGAAGUGCUUACUCAUCUGAGUGCCCAACAGGUCGAAUCUCAUUCAAGCUUUACGAUUGGAAUCCAGCGGAGUUCCCAAGGAGACUGCGGCAUCAAAUAUUCCAAUGGUUAUCCACCAUGCCUGUUGAGUUGGAGAGCUAUAUCCGUCCUGGAUGUACGAUUCUAACUGUCUUUAUCGCUAUGCCGGAGGUUAUGUGGGCUAAGUUAUCUAAAGAUCCCGUGGCAUAUUUGGAUGAGUUUAUUCUUAAACCUGGAAAGAUGCUGUUUGGGAGAGGCUCCAUGACUGUUUAUUUAAACAACAUGAUUUUCGGUCUUAUGAGAGGUGGAAACUCUGUCAAAAGUGUCAAUGUAAAAAUACAGGCUCCAAGGCUUCAAUUUGUGUAUCCAACAUGUUUUGAAGCUGGAAAACCAAUUGAACUUGUCAUUUGUGGACGGAACUUGCUGCAACCCAAAUUCCGGUUUCUUGUCUCUUUUUGUGGGAAAUACUUACCAUACAACUAUUCUGUUAUAUCUCCACCCAACCAGGACGGGAAGAGUUCUCCUUGUUGUUGCAAUAAGUUGUACAAGAUCAAUGUUGUGAAUUCUGAUCCUAAUCUCUUUGGUCCUGCAUUUGUUGAGGUUGAGAAUGAAUCUGGCCUUUCAAAUUUCAUCCCACUAAUUAUCGGAGAUGAAGCUAUUUGCUCCGAAAUGAAACUGAUAGAACAGAAACUCAAUGCCACGCUCUUUCCUGAUGGUCAAGUUAGUGCAUGCUGCUCUUUUAUGUGCUUUUGUGGGGACUUUGAGCAGAGGCAAACUGCGUUUUCCGGUCUCCUGUUGGAUAUUGCAUGGUCGGUUAAGGUGCCCAUUUCAGAAUGCACCGAACAGAACAUGAACCUUUGUCAGAUACGAAGAUACAAUCGGGUGUUGGAUUAUCUGAUACAGAGUAAUUCAGCUUCCAUCUUGGCGAAAGUGCUGCAAAAUAUGGAAAUUCUGGUGAACAAAAUGGAGCCAGACAGUGUCAUUCAUUGUACCAGUGAAAGAGACGUGAGACUCUUACAUGAAAAUAUGAAUCUGGCUAGAGACAACUUCAGAAAAUGUUCGAGCCAUGAACAAUCAACAACAAACUCGGGAAAUAUUCCUCCUUCAUCAAAUCGUAGCUGCGGCUGCGGCUGUGGCUGGGGCUGUGGCAGCGGCUGUGGCUGUGGCUGCCAAAGCAGUUUCCAGAAGGAAACACCGUCAAGAAUUUUAACCAUUAUUAAUCAGGAUUCAGAAGCAGUACGAGAUUCUAAGCAGGGAAUGAAACCGGUUGUCAGAAAAGAAACAGACCCUCUUUUAAGCAAGGAGUUUGUAAUGAAUGUGGAUGGAGUCAGGGAAUGGCCGGUGAAGUCAUGCAGCUCCGCCAGUCAUGCAUUCAGAGCACGUCCAACCGCGUUCGUAGUCACUACAUUCGUCGUAUGUCUCGCGCUAUGUGCAGUUCUCUACCAUCCGAGCAAGGUCACAGCACUUGCAGUGGCAAUCCGUACGAGAUUAGCUCACUAGACUUGACAGAGUUCCGGUGGCAAGAGAGUCUCUAACCGAACCCUAUGACCCUCCGUACAAAGUCGUCAUCGAAAAAGCUUUGGAAAAAGGUUUUGGUCUCUCAAAGUUUAACACUGCCCAGUUGCUUCCGGAUCCAUCAGAACGGACGACACCAUGAACGGUCAGAGGCAGAGACAGGAACUUCUCUUGGCCAGUUUUAUGUGUUUCUUCUGUGUCCCAUGAGAGUCUCUGUCUCAACUGUAAUAGCCAGGGGAUGUCCGUCCAUGUUUGACUCCACCUGUGUUCUGUGAUUUAUUUCUCAUUUUGGUAGUGUUAAAAAAUUGUAACGUGUGUUUUUUUUUGUCUUAUUCUGAGAAUGAUUUUAACCCAUAGUUUUUGAAGAUAAAACAAUGCAUUUUUCUUCUAACA